UAUCAGGACGGCAUCUCUGAUACAGCAGAUUUUAUUUGCAAUUGCAAUGGCGGGCCUCCUGCAAGCAGGAGAGCACACAGAAAACAGCAUUACAUCUUUUUGCCCUAUUACUCAACGCUGAUCUCUUUCUCCCCUGGUUCCUCAUUGGCUGAGUACUUCAGGCUCACAAUCUUCCCGACGCUCAACUAAACAUACGGAUACUGGAUAACGUAAAUUGUUGCUAGCUAAGCAUAUAUCGCUAAUUAGUUAACUUUUCACCCUUGCUCAUUCAACACUCAGUCAUUGUUUCCGGACAUCUGCUGAUCCUUGGACAGAGAUAAGCUUGGAAGGAGGAUAGAGGGGAGUAUCCUGAUGCCUGUCUGCUGCAUCUCAACCUACCCACAGAGCGAGGCAAUCCAACCUUGUGUAGAGGCCCUGGCUUCUUUGAUGUUUGUUAAGUCUGUUUUUCUUUUGCUGAGGGUCUCUUAUCUAAACAGAGUAGCCCUGCAAUAUGCUUUCUAGAUGGUAAUACUAUACCUAUACCAUUUGGAACACUUAAAAACUAUUGCAGUUUUGCAAGCAAGAAUUAAUCACAUAAUUCAGCAACUUAUCUUCUAAAAUACGCUACUAACAUAUAUGGUAUUUCUGCCUUUUCACAUCAGCUAUUUCUAAGGACAAGUUACAAAAUACAAAUACAUUGUGCUCUACUUCUUCCCAUCAAUUCCCCCUUUUCAGUAUCUAAUGCAGAAACAAUAUUCCAUUCCUAUACAAAGCAAAAAAGUUUUUCCUGUCGUGGAGGUUUAAAAAUCCUGAGGACAUUAAAAAAACCCGAUGUGAAUCUUAAGGAUGCUGCUUUCUUUUCUCUUGGCACAGCUAUGCAACAAAUACGUGAGGAGCACGGAAAAGAAACCCCUCCAGGGUCACAAUGAAGACACGGUUGAAGGAUGGAAGAGAUACAAAUGUCCAGUCAUGGGCUGUAGUAGAAACAAGGUGAUGAGAGAAAAUAGUUUAUACAAGGCUCUGUACUAAGGAAACUGAGGCCAACUCAGACACUGUACUGAUUUGAUAUAAAAAAGGGGGAGUCUUUGUGCAAAGUAAACCAAGCUUAUCAACUGGGUGGGAAAUAGAUCACCUGUACGUAAGGUCCCUUCCACACCAAGCUGUCCUGUUUUAAACUGAUGCCCGGGUGAGUUAGUUAUUUUAAUGUUCUUUAACCUGGCUGUGGUUGACUGGGAUAUCUCCUGAGGCCACUUACAGCAUCCAUAAAUUACAUGAAUUCAAACUGAAUUGCUGUGAUCUCAGAAUGCCACCAGAUCCCCUGCAAUUACUUAGCUAACUUCCAUACCAAAGAUUUAAACAACUUAGCAUUCACAGAACAGAUCUCUUGGGCUUCCAGACAAAUAAAAAUGGGCCCCUUUUUGUAAACAUUAUGGGGAGGAGCCAAAGAGCAAUCCGUGUCCCUCAACAACAGCACCACACACAGGCAAACUGGGAGACCAACGGUGAUUCUUUGCCAGAUCCCCUUAAUUGAUCAGUACAGGUAGACCCAUCAGAUCAGGCUGCCCAGGAUCUCACCCAUCCCGGCCUUGAGUGCCUGCUGGGAUGGGGCACCCACAGCUGCCCUGGGCAGCUGUGCCAGGGCCUCACUGCCCUCUGAGUAAUAAAGUUCUUUCUAACAUCCAACCUAAAUUUCCCCUUUUAGUAUAAAGCCAUUCCAUCUUGUCUUGUCACUAUCAGACUGUGUAAAAAGUUGUUCCACCUCCUGCUUAUAAGCUCCCUUCAAGCAUUGGAAUGCAGCAAGAAUGUCUCCCCAGAGCCUUCUCUUCUCCAGACUGAACAAGCCCAGCUCCCUCAGCCUGUAUUCACAAGAGGUGCUCCAGCCCUCUGUUGGUCUUCAUGGCCUCCCCAGGACCCACUCAAACAGUUCCAUGCCCUCCCUGUGCUGGGGCCCCCGACCUGGAUGUAGUACUGCAGGUGUGGCCUCACGAGGGCAGACCAGAGGACAAUCCCCUCCCUGCUGCCACCUCUCUUCUGAGGGCUGCAUGGCCAGGAUACUGUUGGCCUUCAGGCGGCUCAGACAAGCUCAUGCUGUUGGCUCAUGUCUAGCUUUUUUGUCCACCAGGACACCCAGGUCCUUCUCCACAGGGCUGCUCUCUGUGAGUUCUGCCAGUCUGGACACAUAUCUCAGAUUGCCUCAACCCAAGUGCAACACUUUGCACUCGGCCUUGUAGGACAUCAUUAGAUUUUCACAUGCCCGGUUUUCGAGCAUGUCCGGGUCCCUCCGGCUGUCCCUUCUAUUAUGAUGGUGUAGUCUGGGUGAGAAAAGGCUUGGGGAGAUUCUGUCCUCGUGUAUAUGUCCCUGGUGGGAGCAAAGAAUACGGAGAUGGAUUUCCUCCAUGAUCUCAAAUGAGUGUACAAGAGGCAAUGGGCACAAACUGAAACAGAGGAAUCUCCACUUAAAUUUAUAAUAAUAAUAAAAAAAAAAACCAACCAGAAAUAACAAGAACCAACACUUUUUGCUGUGAAAGUGUUCAAGCAGUUGGGCAGGUUUCCCCAAGAGAUUGUGGAGUCUCAGUCUCUGGAGAUACUCAUGACCUGACUGGUCAUGUCCUUCCCAUCCCACACCAGGAGAUCUGUCUUGAGGGCUCUCCUACAGCAUCUCCAGAGGUGCCUGCAAGCUCCUGUGAUUUCACAGGAGAUCGGAGCACCCAUACUUAGAAACAACAGAGAUCCCAAAAGCAAAAGAGAACCUUUUCUACAAUUACACUGAAUCCAGUGUAGAAAACAGACACCUAAACAUAGCUUUAGCCUAUCAAAAUACAUCUAGCAGAGAAAUAACUGCUGUGGGCUGGAGGGUGGAUGCAGGGGCGACACCUGGCUAUGAUGUAGUGACUGACGUCACAAAAGCAAGACCAGUUCAGACCAGACUUCUGUUCUGUGCGUGCUUCACUCGGUGCUGUUAGGCCAGCUGAACGCACAGAGACGGUGUGUGAACCUAAUUUCUCAAAAAACAGAAGAAGCUCCUCCUUUCUUUCACAUAACACAGCUUCCAUAGCCUGUUUACGGAGGACAGCAGCUGUUAGCCCAAAGCUAGCACCAGCAAGCUGUAGACCAUGCCUGUGGACACCUCUCCUGACUCCAAGUGCCCCAUUUGCUUGGACAGAUUUGACAACAUUGCCUAUCUAGAUAAUUGCUGGCACAGGUUCUGCUUCCGUUGUGUCCAGGAUCGGUCAAAAACCAAAGCAGAAUGUCCACUCUGCAAACUGCCCUUCAUUUCAAUAUUUCAUACAAUCCGUGCUGACAACGACUUUCAGGAAUACAAAGUCACACCUCCAGAAGAGGCUGCCUCAUCCAGCCUUGAGGGCAGAACCAUCUCUUUUGCCCAAAGCCCUUCAAAUUUGCACAUAUAUGAUCUGCACGACAAUUAUGACUAUCCUACACUAUCAUAUGAUGAAGGAAGUGGCUCGGACUCAACAGUUACUGCAGAUAUUCUUGGGUCAGAGAACAGCUCAUCUGUUUCUGGUGUUGGUCAGAGCCCCUGGGAUGAUGAAACUCCAGGGCCUUCAUCCCGCACUUCAGAAAAGUAUGGUGCAACAGCAGCUUCUCUGCAGGAGUCAUUAGAGAGCUCUAACAAGUACUCUGCUUGGAAGAGAAUUAUGCUGCAGCCUCAGUUACAGGCUGGUGUUGACUCCAGUGACAGUGACUUUUCAUCAGAGUAUCGGGAUAUUGCUGGCUAUGUUAAUCUCUACGCUGAGAGGACACCAGAACUGACUGAGCUGUCCUCAGACUCUGAGGACUCCAUCAGGAAGAAGAGGAAAUAUGUGAGGAAAGAGCAGUCAAUCCAGAGACUGUCCAGAAAGAGAAAGACCAGGAGUCCGGAGGCCUCUCCACAGAACAGUGACAGCAGUCAUGGCCAUGGGCCUCGUAGGAAGUGUCACAGUGAACACCAGCUUAAAAAGAGAUGCUCAAGAAGCAGAGAUGAUAGCAAACAUCAAAGCAAAAGAAGCAGGAGGUCAAGGCCUCAUGGCAUGAAUCUCUCCCUAAAAAGCCAGAGAGGCUCCAGUAAUGGCAAGAACACUGCAACCAGAGAUUCCAACAGAUCACUGGCACAUCACAAAGGCCACGGCCAAAGGAGGUCAAGCAGCCAAGACAGUGAUCAUCAUUACAAAAGAGGCUGUUACUUCAGUGGAUACAAGUGCGACUACCCUCCUUACAGUCAAAAGACGGCCAGAGAGGGCCCCUCCUACAGGAAGAGGACUCAUUCUAAAGCUCACUGUUCAAAGAAAUCUGUUGGUCCAGAAUUCAGCACCCAGCCCUUCACAGAAAAGACAGAUCUGCAUAGCCAGAUGGGUCUCCAUGAGAGACAGGACUCCUGUUACAAACAAUGCAGAUCAAGGAGUCGAUCAAGCUCCAGAUCAAGGAGCCCUUCUGCAGAGACAAACAGAACAAGAAGUGAAAAGCCUGGUGGAAAGAGGAAGCACAAAACUCGACACUUGGAGAAUGCAGAGAAGGGGAGCACUAGUAUGAAGAGAAAAUAUAGCCUCGAGAGAAUUGUCUCAACAUUCAGUGAUCGCUACGAAUACAAAGGCAGCCCUUCAGACAACCAAGAGAGCAGCGAGACAGGACCCAAGAAAAAGAAGAAAAGGAUGAGAAGUCCAACUGUGCAAAGUCUCUGAAGGAAGAGCAGCAGACACAAUGACGCUUCCUAAAAAGCAUAAGAAACACCAGAAACAUCACCAGAAGUUUGCUUAGUUCUUAAAACAGGAGUCAUUCUAAAUUGUACUGUUGUAUUAAUGAGUGAGAUCUAAGUUGAUCUCUGCUGAGAAGUAGAAAUCUGUUACUACAUACUAUACUGGUUGAAAUCUUAAUAAAGCAUUAAGAGUUUUUGUUAAAAAAAAGUUAAUCCGUGGUCUAUAAUUUAUGCAUUUCCAAUCUUUCGGCUUGUUUGGGCAAUACUGAGUGAAGAUGAUAAUUUGAGAUGAGAUGAUAUUUUGGUGGUUGUUGAAUCAUGGGUGAGUGCCCAGAGCUAGGCCAGUCUGCCUGAGAGGGAAGAACCACCACAACAGCAUGGCAACAAGGCGCACUGCUAGCUGGUACAGGCCACAGGUGGCCCACAAGUUGGACAUGUCUGGUCUUACGCAGCACAUUUCCCUUUUGGUUUUGGGUGCCUUACCAAUACAGUUCAAUAUUGGUGCUGCCAACAGUAUUCUAGGCUGGGAGGUUUCUCCAUAAGUUUUAGAAGUACAACAGAAGUUCACAGUCAGAAACCACGGUAUUACUGUCAUUAUGCAUGUGCCAGCAUGGUUCCCAGCACAUAACUGGAAGCUUGAAUUUUCAGGAAGAAGUAGCCAUGCUCUCCAAAGAAGUUAAAAAGUGGAGCAGGGUCGGGUUUGUUGGUUUUUUUUCGUGGGUAGAACUACCCUGCAAAAUCAGCUACAGCUCAUGAAGCAUAAAAUCUAAAUAGAGACAGCAAGAGGACACAACUCAGUGUUUGAUGACAAAGCAGGCUGAAGCCAAUUACUCUAACCAAAAAAAAAAAAAAAAAGACCACUGAGCC